GCGCUGGAAGACUAUCACCCGGCCGAGCUCUACCGUGCGCUCGCUGUGUCCGGGGGCACCCUGCCCCGCCGAAAGGGCUCUGGAUUCCGCUGGAAGAAUCUCAGUCAGAGUCCUGAACAGCAGCGGAAAGUGCUGACUUUGGAGAAGGAGGAAAACCAGACCUUCGGCUUUGAGAUCCAGACUUAUGGCCUUCACCACCGGGAGGAGCGGCGCGUGGAGAUGGUGACUUUUGUCUGCCGGGUUCAUGAGUCCAGCCCAGCCCAGCGGGCUGGGCUCACACCAGGGGACACUAUCGCCAGCGUCAAUGGCCUAAACGUGGAAGGCAUCCGGCAUCGGGAGAUUGUUGACAUCAUCAAGGCCUCAGGCAACGUUCUCAGGCUGGAAACGCUGUAUGGGACGUCAAUUCGGAAGGCGGAACUGGAGGCUCGUCUGCAGUAUCUGAAGCAAACCCUGUAUGAGAAGUGGGGAGAAUACAGGUCCCUCAUGGUGCAGGAGCAGCGGCUGGUGCACGGCCUCGUGGUGAAGGACCCGAGCAUCUAUGACACGUUGGAGUCAGUGCGCUCCUGCCUGUAUGGGGCUGGCCUGCUUCCCGGCUCGCUGCCCUUUGGGCCCCUGCUGGCUGCGCCCGGGGGCCCCCGUGGGGUGGCACAGCAGGCUGUGGGAGACCCAGACGAUGCCGUCUACCACACGUGCUUCUUUGAGGGCGCUGAGCUGCCCAUGCCCCCGCCACCGCCCCCCGCCCGCUUGUCUGGCCUGGGCCCCGUUGAGGCCCUAACCUCGGGGCCGCGGGCAGGGCUGAGCCGCAGCGCCAGCGUGCGGUGCACCGGCCCUGGGGGCGGCGGCGGAGGGGGUGCGCCAGGCACCCUCUGGACUGAGGCCCGUGAGCAGGCCCUGUGUGGCCCCGGUCUACGCAAAACCAAGUACCGCAGCUUCCGCCGGCGGCUGCUCAAGUUCAUCCCCGGACUCAACCGCUCCCUGGAGGAGGAGGAGAGCCAGCUGUAGGGGAGGGGCGGGCGGGGGGAGGUAUUUAUUUAUUUAUUCGUUCCAACUAGAGCAAAAAGGGGGCGAAGGGGUGGGGUGGGACAGGUGCCUGGCCGAGGGGACCCCAGGAGUGCAGAGCAGCGGGAGAGGGUCCUUGUCAGCCUGGCUGGCCUGCUAGGUUCUGAACUUGUCGCUAUCCAGUGGUGAACCCAGGCCUCAGACCCCUUUAGUCCUCUUCCCCUAAACCACAGUGGGGGCUAGUGCAGGGGAGAAUCAGGCGAUGUCGGGGUUGGGAGAGGUUUUGGGUCCAAAGAUGGGGCAUUCCAUCCUAUAUCUGGUCAGUAGUGCCUUGUGGGGUGUCCAGGAAAAUUCCUCCUGGGGGGGACCUUUGUCCACAAAGCCCUCUCCUCAGCUUUACUUGCUCCCCACCCUUGGCCUUGGGGAGAAAUGGCCUAUGGUCUGUUGCUCCCCACCAUAAACACACACACACACACACUUCGAGUUAACCAGUGGGCCCCUGAGGGGACCUAAGGUGCUGGUCCCCUUUGCUCCUGGCCUUGACCCCUAAGGGCUUGCCCUCCCCCCUCGGGUGGGGGGGCUGUAACUAAGUUGGGUCCUGCCAAGAAGGGGUCCUGUGUUCUCUGCCCCUAGGGGGACAGGAACCGGCAUGUCCAGGUGGGGUGGGGAUAGCACAGGUGGUUCUACCGUUUUGCGUAUUGCUUCUGAACUACAAACUAUAAAAUUGACGGGUUUUUUGUUUUGGUUU